AUAUUUAUCGGCGCAGGGCUCCGAUAUACUGUCUUUUUCUCUGUUCGCUAAUUUAGCGACGUUUGUGAAUUUUUGUGUAAAUUCGUGCCAGCACGUUAUUUUUAUUAAAAUAAUUAUUUCAAAAGCAUAAUAAAUUGAUUUAAAAGUAGUGCAAAGAUACAUACGAUAUGGCGCAAUUCGAUUUAACUAGAACUAAUUGCCAGUUUUUGGACAGGCAUUUGACUUUCCCCCUUUUGGAAUUCUUGUGUGGCAAAGAGAUUUACGAUCAAAAAGAGUUGUUGGAGUAUAUUUUGGAGACAGUUAACAAAACCAACAUGAUUGAUUACACCAUGGAUACCCGCAAGCGUUUGGGCUUAAGCCAAGAAAUGCCCGAGGAGUUGGUGCAACGUAAGGCUGAAGUCUUGGCCACCUUGAAACAGUUGCAAAAUGAAGUAGCUCCCAUUAUGAAAGCCACAGACAUAUUGAAAAAUGGUGAAAGCAUGAAAGAUUCCAAAACUUUCGUCAAUGCUUUGCAAAAGGACUAUAACUUUAAGGUGGAACAUUUGGAGAGUGCUUACAAAUUGGCCAAGUACUUGUAUGAGUGCGGUAAUUACCAGGAAUCCACCUCCUAUUUGUAUUUCUGCUUGAUUGUUAUGUCUCCCAAUGAUAAGAACUACUUGAAUGUCUUGUGGGGAAAAUUGGCUGCUGAGAUCUUAACCUUGAACUGGAAUACAGCUUUAGAAGAUUUGACACGCUUGCGUGAUUACAUCGACAAUGCCAACUUCUCCACCGUGCAGGCCUUGCAACAACGUACAUGGCUCAUCCACUGGUCUGUAUUAGUGUUCUUCAAUCACCCCAAAGGACGCGAUUUAAUCAUUGAGACUUUCUUGAACAAACCCUCUUACUUGAAUGCCAUUCAAACUAUGUGUCCUCACAUUAUGCGUUACUUGGCCGUCGCUGUCAUCAUCAAUCGCACUCGUCGCAAUGCUCUCAAGGAACUUAUUAAGGUCAUCCAACAGGAGUCCUACACUUACCGUGAUCCCAUUACUGAAUUCCUUGAAUGUUUGUAUGUGAACUUCGAUUUCGAGGGUGCGCGUUUAAAACUCCACGAAUGUCAAACAGUCAUUCUCAAUGACUUCUUUAUUGUGGCUUGUCUGAACGAAUUUGUUGAAGAUGCUCGUCUCAUGAUUUUCGAAACUUUCUGUCGUAUUCACCAGUGCAUCACCAUCAGCAUGUUGGCUGACAAAUUGAACAUGAAUCCCGCCGAAGCCGAAUGCUGGAUCGUCAAUCUAAUCCGCAAUGCUCGUCUUAAUGCCAAGAUUGAUUCCAAAUUGGGUCAUGUUGUUAUGGGCACCCAACCUUUGAGUCCUUACCAACAGUUGGUGGAGAAAAUCGAUUCGCUAUCUAUGCGAUCGGAACAUUUAGCCGGUUUAAUUGAACGUAAAAGUAAGCAAAAACAAAAUCAAGAGUCCGCCGAUUCAUGGAAGUAUUACUAGACAGCACAUACUAUACUUCAUCAGAAUAUUUUUAUAUACGAAUUCUUAUAAAAUUCCAAAAUUAUUAAAACAAAAAUAAUAAGAAAAACAUUUUUUAUUGUAUAAAAACUUUAUAUCGUACCCAAAAUGCAAUGCCAGUACAUUGCAAAAGGCCUUGUGAAUAAAAUAACAUCUUCCACAUAUUCUAGGCUGAAAACAAA